AUGUCUUCGAUAUGUAGACGAACAGCUUUCCUAGCCCUGACGCUUGCGUCAACUGUGGUGAGCGUGCCAUUUCAGAGCGGCACUCCAACAGUCUCAUUUGAUGGCCCCUUCAGUGUGUCUUACGAUUCACUACAUAACAUCCACGUCUCAUUCGCUGAGGACUUCGAGGGCCACGUGCAGAUCGUGCACGGAGAGUGUGGAAUGAGGACACCGGCGCACAGACACCAUGAAGUCGGCUCGUCGUUCGUCAAGCGUGGAGCCUCGCCAGAUCGCUUCGUCUGGGUGGUUCCUACGGAUGCGAUACACCACGGCUGCUUGCACGCAUACUCAGAGGGUGAACUGAUCGGAAGGAGUGCGCCUAUCGCAAUCGCUGAGCCACUGCACAAGCGAGAGGCUAUCUCAGAAGUGGCAGAUGUGAGUGGACCGUGGUUCGAUGGCAUAGCAGCCAUGGCUUCGAAGGAAAACACCGAAGUCUUCGUGUCGGAGGCGAAGAGCAAGUCCAUUGUGAUCGUCGGUGGCGGCAUGUCUGGACUGCUCACAUCACAUCUGCUGGACUCGGUCGGCAUACAUGACUGGCACAUCAUGGAGUCGAGUGGCAGAGUUGGUGGUCGGAUCCGGACGAAGUAUCUGGCUGGCUCUAAACCAGACGAGUACCAAUACCAGGAAAUGGGUCCGAUGCGCUUUCCUGUCAGCAUAAAGUACGCUGACACCAACGAAACUUUGGACAUCCAAGACCACAAAAUGGUGUUUCAGCUUGGCGACGUUCUGAACGAGCUCAACGGGAACGACCCAGAACUCGAGGUCAAGUUCAUCCCCUGGAUCCAAUCUUCUCCCAAUCUUCCGGCCAACUCGAAUGGCUACCGUCUGCCGAACGGCCAAAUCCCUAGCCGAGCACAAAUUGCGGCGAACGCGUCUCUGACCACACAGGCUCAGAACAUCACAGAUAUGGACGCAGUUGAGGAGGCUUCGGAGGCGCUCGAAGAGUUCAUAGAUGCAACCCCUGAGAGAAUCCGGAACAUAUCGACAAACGUAUAUGCUCAGCACAAGGCCGCGAUCGAGAAGGGACUCUUCCAGUGGUCUGAGGCUGCUUAUCUGAAGUACGAGCUCAACAUGAGCGCUGAUGUUGUCGAUUACACAGCAGGCGCAGGGCUCAGUCCAAUGUGGGGAACUUGGUAUGACACAGCAUACUUCGCUGCAACAACCUGGAGAACGAUCGACAAGGGUCUGGAGUCCCUCCCACGGGCAUUUUACCCACUCGUAAAGGACCGCUUGACGCUCAAUCGGACCAUCGAGGAGCUGUCUUACGAUAAUGAUACUGGCCGCGUGUCUGUGCAUUGGAGGGACGAUCCAUUCAAUGUCACUACCGAGUCCGCGGAGUAUGACUAUGCGGUCGUCGCUGCACCAUUCUCGAAAGUCCGCCUGUGGAAGCUGCCGCAAUACUCGUCUUUAUUGACCAGAGCUAUACAAACCAUGAACUACCAGCAAAGCUGCAAGGUGGCCUUACAUUACAAGACCAGAUUCUGGGAAAAGCUGGACCCACCCAUCAUCGGUGGCUGUGGUGCAACCGAUAUCUAUGGCGUGGGCUCUGUGUGCUAUCCUGCGUAUGAGAUCAAUUCAACAUGGCCCGGUGUAAUUCUGGCAUCGUACGCUUCCGGAACGCCUGCCCGAUCUGUGGCCGGUCUGACGGAUGAGGAGCACGUUGGUCUGAUCUAUCGUGCUAUGAUCGAGGUCCAUGGGCAAGUUGCUGCAGACGAGUAUACUGGCAACUAUGAUAGACAAUGCUGGGAGAAUGAUAAGCAUCAAGCCGGCGCAUGGGCCGCACCUUUUGUCGGCCAGCAAGAGCUUUACAUACCUGCUUACUACGAGACGGAGUUCAAGACCAUCUUCAUCGGCGAGCAUACAUCGUACACUCAUGCUUGGAUCUUCUCGGCGCUAGACUCGGCCGUCCGUGGGACUGUGCAACUGCUGCUAGACAUGGGUCUUGUCGAUGAGGCUAAGCAGAUCACCGAGGAAUGGAUGGGCCGGUGGAUCAAGAUCUGA